AUGUAUGACCAUACGAUUGAAUUAAGUCGCAUAUUGAAUACCACCCCAGUACCGUUUCAUUGCAUAGAAAUCGACGAGUGUUUGUUUUCACCGUGUGCCAAUGGUGGCGUGUGUACAGAUGAGAUAGCAGAUUAUUCCUGCGCGUGUACCACUGGUUGGUCUGGUGGAAACUGUGACGUCAAUCCGGAUGACUGCGCAGUUACUCCUUGCUUGAACGGUGGCACGUGUACAGACGGACUGGCAACAUACACGUGCGCAUGCGUGGCGGGAUUCGCAGGCGGAGAUUGUGAAACAAAUAUCAACGAAUGUGUGAACCAUGCGUGUGAAAAUGGCGCCACGUGCGUUGAUGGAAUCAACGAGUACACGUGCACAUGCGUGCCGGGGUAUGAAGGGCCACUUUGUGGGAUAGACGUUAACGAGUGCGCGUCUAGUCCUUGUCAAAAUGGCGCCACCUGUAACGAUGGGGUUAAUGGAUACAUCUGCGAUUGCGCGCCCGGAUAUGAGGGGGACACGUGUGGGACAGAAAUCAACGAAUGUCUAGCCGUCACGUGCAAUAACGGUGGCACGUGUAAUGAUCUUUUCAAUAUGUUCUCAUGCACGUGUGUGUUGGGUUAUACUGGAAGUCUUUGUCAAACAAAUAUAGACGACUGUCCGGCAUCAGUGUGUCACAAUGGCGCCACGUGUGUGGACCAAGUGAACGGGUACGCGUGUAACUGUGUCACCGGUUAUACUGGAACUAUGUGUGAUACAGAUAUUGACGACUGCGCCACUGUCACGUGUGAGAAUAGCGGCACGUGUGUAGACGAAGUGAACAGUUUCACUUGCGAAUGUGUGGAUGGAUGGGGCGGCAACUUAUGUCAAAACAAUUUGGACGACUGCUUAACGCAUGCGUGUGUAAAUGGCGCCACGUGCGUCGACGUUGUAGCUGGUUACACGUGCACGUGUGUGGACGGGUAUGAGGGUCAGUUCUGCCAAACUGAUACGAACGAAUGCAGCUCUAAUCCCUGUCAGAAAGGGGGCAAAUGUGUGGACGAGGUCAACCAGUACACGUGUACCUGUAUCAUGGGCUAUACAGGAGCGAACUGUGAGACAAACAUAGACAACUGCUCGCCGAACCCCUGUGAUCAUGGCACGUGUACAGACCUCGUCAAUGAUUACAAGUGCGAUUGCGAAGCUGGGUACGAUGGGAAAAAGUGUGACAAUAAUAUUAAUAACUGCUUACCCCCACCCUGCCAGAACGGUGGGACGUGUUCUGACCUCGUGGAUGACUACUACUGCGCAUGCGUCGCCGGAUAUGAAGACAAAGACUGUAGCACGGAUAUAGAUGAUUGUGCUACAAAUCUGUGUGAGCACGGAGCCACGUGCGUCGAUCAAGUGAACGGAUAUGCGUGUCAAUGUGUGCCCGGGUAUAACGGACCCAACUGCCAAACUGAUAUCGACGAAUGUGCCUCCAACCAGUGUUUGAAUAGUGGCUUGUGUCAGGACCUCAUCAACGGCUAUGAUUGUGUGUGUCAGACGGGAUACACCGGGACAUUCUGUGAAACAGAUAUAGACGAGUGUGCCUCCAGCCCGUGUGAUAAUGGGGGCACGUGCACUGAUCUCGUGAACGGCUUCUCGUGCUCGUGUACGGACGGACACACGGGUAUCACGUGCAGAACAGGUCUACUCGGGGACGACUGUAUUACAAGACCGGAAGUAUGCGCAAACAUUCCGAAUUCCGAAUGUGCAUCUGGAGGUUGCGCAUGUGUGCCCGGAUAUAUGAAAACUGAUACUACUGUCUGUUCGAAAAAAGAUUGUGGGACACUCACUCCUAUAGAAAACGGAGCCGUAAAUUAUGAUGAAGGGACGUUUUACCAAGCGAGUGUUUAUUUCUCUUGCGACACUGGAUACGCCAGGUCAGGCGUUUUUUCUAUGGAGUGUCUUGCGGACGGAAACUGGGGCGGAGUCCCACCAACAUGCAACAUUGUUUCCUGUCCUACGAUCGAUGCACCUUUGAACGGUACGGUAGUGUUUUUACCGAAUUUUGAGUACCAGGGCAGUGCCGAGUUCGCGUGCGAUGUGGGGUUCUCCAUAAAUGGCGCCACCGCUCGCACGUGCAUGUCUACCGGCACGUGGAGUUCAUCUAGUCCCAUCUGCGUCAUCAAUGACUGUGGUCCUUUGACGGCCCCUGCGAACGGUGCUGUUACACAGAGCGGCACAGUUUACACGAGUAUCGGCCAGUACGAGUGCGACAGCGGAUACGAACUGCAGGGUGCCACAUCUGUCACUUGUACAGCGGCCGCCACCUGGAGCGCUUCACGGCCUACAUGUGCUAUUAAGGACUGUGGAGCUUUGAUGGCACCAGAACACGGUAUGAUGGACGCCCCAUCGGGAACCAACUACGGUGCGAGAACCCUCUUCUCGUGCAACACGGGCUACCAGGCGGUAAGGGCCACAACUCUGGAUUGCCUCGAUACCGGGGUUUGGAGUGACGUGGAACCUACCUGCGAAAUUAAAGAUUGCGGUGACCCUGGCGUACCAGACAACGGUUCAAUUGGCAUCAGCGGCGGAACAACGUAUGAUUCGGUGGCCAUCUACACGUGCAACGCUGGUUUCGACAUAAAUGGCGUCAACCAACGCACGUGCAGAGCAGAUCAGACAUGGUCGAACCUGGAGCCGACAUGUGAUAGAAUCAGCUGCGGUACUCUCAUUUCCCCAACAUUCGGCACAGUAGAUCUCACAGCAGGCAUACUAUUCGAGGCGGUGGCACAGUUCUCGUGCAACGAAGGGUACACGUUGAAUGGCGUUACAUCACGCACGUGCCAAGCGGACACGUCAUGGAGUGGAGCCUCUCCGACCUGCACGAUAAAAGAUUGCGGCGCAUUGACGGGACCAGAUAAUGGACAAGUUCUCACCGUGGAUGGAACCACGGCCGGCACAACCGCGCAGCACUCGUGCGAUAUCGGGUACACACUUGUCGGUCUCGCCAAUCGCAAGUGCAGUAUUGACGGUGCGUGGACGGGAUCACCACCGACAUGUACAAUCCUGGACUGUGGUCCCGUAGCUAGCAUAAAAAACGGCGCUGCGACUUACAACCCGGGGUCCCUGUAUGGAUCAACUGUAUUUUACACGUGUGACACUACUUCCGGAUACAGUAUUGAUGGCGUCUCCAGCCGCGUGUGUCUCGCUUCCGGUUUCUGGAGCGGCUCGCAGCCAACAUGCAAACUGCUAGACUGUGGCACUCCCAAAAACCUAACAAACGGGUUCUCGGUGUACAGCGGGACCAAGGUGGGAGCUACGGCCACAUACGCCUGCAGUACCGGAUAUGGCCUUGUCGGAACCGCCUCCGUCUCCUGUCUCACAUCCGGUUACUGGGACACGCUUCCGCUUUGCAGCCUAGACUGCGGUAGUCCUCCGUCUGUCUCCAACAGCGCGGUGACCAUAGGGUCGGGAAUGCUUGUGGGCGGUCAGGCCACCUACACGUGUGAUGACGGAUUCAGUAUGUCCGGUGCUGCAACUGUCACGUGUCAAGCAGCAGGGACAUGGUCUAAGGCGCCACUUUGUUAUAAAGUGACUAUAGCGUUUGGCGAUGCAUGUACAUCGACGCCUCAAUGCGUGACCAGCGGGGCAACGUGCAGGACGGACGCUGGAAUAUCAAAGUGUCUGUGUGCACUUGCCGGGGAAACGUAUGCCGCCCAGAUGGACGCCUGCCUUAAAAUUUGCCCGACCCUACCGGAAGGGAACCUGCUUUACGGUUCAGUGGUUUCCCCUGACACACUGUCUGCCGGUCAGAUCGCCGUGUACUCGUGCGAUGCCGGGUAUGCGCUAUCCAGGCCCGCCAUACGCACGUGCCUUACUUCCGGUAUAUGGAGUGGAGCUGAACCGGAAUGCACGUUUGGAUGUCCAAUGCCAGAUAGCCCGGAAAACGGCUAUGCCAACGUGUCAGAUGGCAUGGUGGCGGGAAACAAAGUUAUUUACUCGUGCAAAGCGGGGUAUAAACUCGUUGGCGCCCGUGAGCGUAUAUGUCAGGACGACUCUACUUGGACCGGCCUCACGCCUUCCUGUGCUAGGGAAUGCCAGGAACUUCCGGCGCUCGAGCACGGGUUCAUCGACAUGUCGGCCGGCAUGUGGGAAGGUGCACAGGCCGUGUAUGUUUGUGAAGAAGAAUACGGACUGGUUGGGAAGUCAACUCGCACUUGCGAGUUUACGGGGCAGUGGGGAGGCAGGGAGCCGCGCUGCAUGUUUGCGAUUUACCCGAAAGUAAUCCUGGCGCUAGGCAGUCUAUUCAUCUUCCUCGUCCUCGUGGACGUCUUCAUCGUUAUCUUCUACUUCUUCAACAAACACAGACAGGCACAGGAAGCCGAGUUUGACCGAAUUGAGAAGCACAAGGAGGAUACAGAAGUAGAGGACGAUUCUGAUGAUGACACCUUCAAUAUGCCUGCGCCUGGCCGCCAUGUCGGCCCUUAUAAUGCGGGAUUCGACAACCGGCCCCGCAUGUACUCCCCCUCACCGUCCGAGGCUUCCUCCACCCAUCCGCCACCUAAGAAGAGCGUCCGCUCCAAGGUGAUCCGUGGCCGCGCUGGAUCCGCCAUUAAAAGCAUUUUCUCAAAGGGCCGGACGAAUGAACAGGAUAUGGACGAUGAUGAAAAAGCGCCGUAUGGCGCUACGGUGUUUCCUAGGGCACCUGACGCCACCUUUUCAAACGGGAAUCGCAGCAACCUCGAAGCCAAUAGCGAGGUACAUAACGAAUUCUUGGACUCGUCAUUUGAGGAGAAUAGCAACUGACACACUCAUUUCAAUCUUUGACUAAACAAGUUUCGUUCAUACUCUUGCAUGAGGCCCUGAAGUACAGGUUACGAAUCACAGAUGAACUCCCCGAAAGCUCUUUUUUCAUCCUGAUGGUUGAUUGAAUUUACAUAUUUAAAAAGCUUUUGAUUCAUUGUACUAUGUAUAUAGUGAUACGUCUUUUUAGAUAUAAAAGGAAUUUCGAAAAUACCAAGUAAAAGCUUUUUAGAUUUUUUCUUCGCUUAAAGACAUCCCAAUGAAUCUAAGACAAAUCCGUAGUUAAAUGUCUUGUAUUGUUUUGAAAAUAUUGCAAAUGGUCACUAAUUCAAAUAUAUUUAGUUUUAGACGUAUACAUUGACGUUUGCACUAAUAAGUUCUACUAUUGUUUUGGAAUAAACUUAGCAAAAUA